AUGGGGAAAAUCGACGUGCACCACCACAUGCUCCCGCCGGAGUAUGUGCAGAAAUGGAACGAAGCGUCCGGGAUCCCCAAAGGGCUGACACUUCCAUCGUGGAGUACUGAGAUCGACCUGGAGUUCAUGGACCGAAACGGCAUCGAGGCUUCGAUCCUGUCCCUCAGCGCCCCCGGGCUGGCAUUUGUCAAGUCUCCCGACGACGCCCUGCAGCUCUGUCGAUGGGUCAACGAGUACGCGGCAAAGAUCAAAGCAACGAACCCUUCCCGAUUCGGCUUUUUUGCGACCCUACCGCCGCCCGAGCCGGUUGGGCCUUGCAUAGAGGAGCUGCGCUACGCCCUCGACGUGCUCGAAGCCGACGGCGUCACUCUUCUGUCCAGCUACAGCGACAAGUACCUGGGCCACCCGGAUCUCCGCCCGCUCUGGCAGGAGCUGGACCGGCGCAAUGCCGUAGUCUUCGUGCACCCAACCUUUGCCAAAACGUGGGGCGCGUCAUCCGACGCCACGAUCCCCCGGCCCAUCGUCGACUUCCCGCACGAGACGACGCGCACGGCCGUCAACCUCAUCACGUCCAACACGGUCCGGGAUUUUCCAAACUGCAAGAUCAUCCUGUCGCACGGCGGCGGCACGCUCCCGUACGUGGCCACGAGGAUCGCGAACCAGACGGCGGAUCUGGGGCUGAAGGAAAAAUCGGCCGAUGACUUUCUUCGGGACGCGAGAGGCUUCUACUAUGACCUCGCCCUGACCGGCUACGAGGGCCCUGUCGAGGCGGUGGUGAAGUUUGCUGACGAAGGCCAUGUUCUGUAUGGGAGCGACUUCCCCUUUGCUCGCGAACGGACGAUUGUCCCGCAGAUUGCAAACAUCCAAGCGGCGUCCAUGGAUGAGGAGACACGGCUGUCGAUCGACCAUGGCGCUGCAAGGCAACUGUUUCCUCGUUUCUCCAAGUAG